AGAUUGUUGAUUAUUGUGGGAGGGAGGGUGUACCCGUAAUAAGAAAUUCUUCAAUGAAAAAUGAUUUCCCUCAUGUGCAAUAUCUAUCUUUCUAUCAGAAUUCAGAAUCCUUAUUAUUCCAUUUUUUUCUUUAAAUCCCUCCACCUUUUAUUUCCCUUUUCAACUAGCUAGCUAGUAGUGUACUGAAAAAUGUGUGGUCAAUACUCGUCUACACUUAUAGCAAUUAUUAUAGGCGUCUCAUUAAUUCAUAUAUAUAUAUAUAUAUACACUGCACCACUUGACCAUAAUCAACAAGACACCGUGUCUUAUUUGAACACCGCUUUAUGUUCCUGUUGUGUUCGUUCUAACAAUUUUGUGGUUUCUUAGAGCUGUAUUCUUAAAAAAUGUUAUCAGAAUUAACAGAUGAUAUAAUUCUGAAGAUUUUAUGGAAGGUUGAAGAAGACCCACGUGAUUGGGCUCGUCUUUCUUGUGUCUCCACAAAACUCAAUUCUCUAAUUCAUGAUUUCUGUUGGAAGAACAAAUCUUCUAUCAUAAUUCCUUCUGAGCUUCUUCUUUCUUCUUCCCAAGAUCUUUCUCUUCAUAAACUACCCUUCUGUUGUCCUGGUCCUCUUCAUGCUGGUAUUCUCUUCAACACCGCUGAUUUCCCAGAUGAACAACACCACCAACAACCUAUUACAUCAUCAUCAUCAUCAACAACACCUUCAUCAUCUCUUCCUCCUCAAACAAAUGAAUGUUCUUCUUAUUGGUCACUCUAUGAUGAUCUUUAUCAUGAUACACUCUACGCAGAUUCUGAAGCUCAUCAUCAUCUUCAACAGGGACAAGAACAGACCAACGAGGAAGAGAUUAGAACUGGGGUUGUUGAUGUUCCACCAGAAGCCAAGAAGAGAAAGGUUAAUGGGUCAUUGAGUUCACAUUUAGCUACAGGAAAAUGGACUCUUAGUAGAGAACAAGGAAGUAAGUUACUAGCAAGACAAUUUCGUGAUGAUUGUUUAUACGUUUGUGAUUGGCCUGGUUGUGUUCAUUUGGAAGAGAAGAGAAAGUAUAGACUUUUUCGAGGUAUUUUUAUGAAUUUCAAGAAAACACGUGUUUGGAAGACUGUGAAUGAUAUUAGUAAUCGGAAGAAGAUUGAUUUGGCUUGUGCUUUUUGUUCUUGUAAUCAUACUUGGGAUCUUCACUCUGCUUUUUGUUUGAGGAGAGGAUUUGGUUAUCAUGAUGAUGGUGAACCUGUUGUUAGAGCUUAUGUUUGUGAUAAUGGUCAUGUUUCUGGUGCUUGGACUGAUAUGCCUAUGUACGCUUGAAUCAUUCUUUCUCUUUAUUUUGUAAUUUUUAUGUUCUGUCUUUUAAUAUGGGAAGAAAUAUCUCAUACGAGAGUAGUAUUUAUUGGCAUUUGUAUUUUGUAUCUCAGCUUCUUUCACAUUUUAUUAUUAUAUUUAAGUUUGUGUGAUUUCAACAA